GCUUGCUGCGGUUUUGCAGUCCUUCGUCGUGACGAUGUUGCUAGGAAACACCUCCAGGAUCGCCUGUAAAAAUGUUUUCUUUAAAAAAAAUGAGAUAUGAACGUAACUAGCUCGCUCCUACAUGCCGUGUUUUUUUUUUCUUAAUGUAUUUGUAUUGAGUACGGGUGAAGUUUAAUCUCUUUCGUAGGAGAUCGGUUCAUCUGUAGGGGUUUGGGGUCAGGCAUUGUUUUGGGUCAGUCCUUCGUGUUACCAGGCAGAUCGAGUCCCAACAUGGCGGCAGCGGUUCGUGAAGAGGAGACGCAGUUGCAAGAGAUGGAGGAAGAGACGGAGCCGUCAGAGGCUGUCGGGGAAGAGAAGGAGAUGGAGUCCGAAGACGAAGGAGAAAUGGGACCCGACGGUUCUGAUGCAGAGGGAGACGAAUCCUCGGAUGACGAAAAAGAAAACCAAGCGGAGAUCCAGCGUUUGGAGGAGCAGCUGUCCAUCAAUGCAUUUGAUUACAACUGCCAUGUGGACCUGAUAAAGCUACUGCGCCAGGCAGGGGAGCUGGUGAAACUCCACCGGGCUCGGCAGAAAAUGAGCGAGCUCUUCCCUCUCACUGAAGAAAUCUGGCUGGAUUGGCUGAAGGAUGAGAUUCGCAUGGCAGAGGAAGAGUCUGACCGAGAGAAAGUGUACGAGCUCUUUGAGAAGGCGGCCAAGGAUUAUAUCUGUCCUGAAAUCUGGCUGGAAUAUGCACAGUACUCUAUUGGGGGGAUUGGAAGUCAAGGUGGGAUAGAGAAGGUACGGGAAAUCUUUGACAGGGCUCUGACUGCUGUGGGGCUGCACAUGACCAAGGGAGCAGCUAUCUGGGAGGCCUACAGGGAGUUUGAGAAUGCCAUUUUGGGAACUUUACAGCCAGCACCAGGUAGAGUUCCCACUCCAGAACAGCAGGAGGUGCUGAAUGCACAGCUGAACCGAAUCCACACGCUGUUUCGACGGCAGCUGGGUAUCCCUUUCCUUGAUAUGGAGGUCACAUAUGCAGAGUAUGGAGAAUGGUCAGACAAGCCCAUCCCAGACUCUGUUACUCAACUUUAUAAGAAGGCACUACAGCAGAUGGAGAAAAGCAAGCCGUAUGAGGAGGCCUUGCUUGUAGCUGAGCCACCCAAGCUUGCUGAAUACCAGACCUACAUUGAUUAUGAGCUGAAAGAAGGCGACCCGGCUCGAAUUCAGACCAUCUUUGAACGGGCAGUGGCUGAGAACUGCCUUGUGCCUGACAUGUGGGCCAAACUGACCCAGUACCUGGACAGACAAUUGAAGAUUAAAGACUUGGUGCUGUCCUCUCAUGACCGGGCUGUUAGGAACUGUCCUUGGACGGUGGGACUCUGGAAGAGUUACCUUCUAGCUUUGGAAAGGCAUGGAGCUGAACAUAAAACCGUGUCAGAAAUCUUUGAAAAAGCCCUGAAUGCUGGCUUCAUCCAAGCAACAGACUACGUGCAUAUCUGGCAGGCGUACCUUGACUACCUGAGGAGGCGAGUGGAUUUCACCAAAGAGUCCAGUAAGGAGCUGGAGGAGCUCAGGUCUGCAUUCGCUCGGGCUCUGGAUUACAUGAAGCAGGACGUGGAGGAGCGCUUUAGUGAAAGCGGUGACCCCUCUUGUAUGAUCAUGCAGAACUGGGCAAGGGUGGAGGCAUUGCACUGUAAAAACAUGCAGAAGGCCAGGGAACUGUGGGAUAGCAUCAUGACAAAAGGGAACGCCAAGUUUGCCAACAUGUGGUUGGAGUACUACAAUCUAGAGAGGUGUCACGGGGAUGCUCAGCACUGCAGGAAGGCUUUGCAUCGAGCUGUCCAGUGCACCUCUGACUACCCUGAACACGUGUGUGAGGUCCUUCUUUCCUUCGAGAGGGUGGAGGGUACGCUAGAGGACUGGGACACGGCUGUGCAGAAAACAGAAACCAAACUGUCCAGAGUCAAAGAGCAGAGAGCCAAAGAGACAGAGAAAGAAGCUCUCCUUGCCAAGCAGGAGGAGGAAAAGGCUGAGCAGAGGAGGAAGAAGAAAGCACAGAAAAAGAAAGCGGGGCGGGCCGGAGAGAAGAGGAAGGCUGAGGAGGAGGAGGAUGAUGAGGAUGAGUGGGGAGAUGAGUCAGAACAACCCGCCAAGAAGCACCGGGGAGAGGGGGAUGAGACGAUGGAGACGGAGAGUGGGAUGUUCAGUCGGAAGGCUCCCUUCCAGAAGACUUCACAAGUGCCCGUAGCUCAGAAAGCCAGGGCUGCAGCCAGGCCAGUCCAGCAGGUCCCCCACGACAGCAGCAAGGACCAUCUGAGCGUCUUUGUAAGCAACCUGCCCUUCAGCUUGCAGGACCCUGAGCAGAAGCUGCGGGACGUUUUCCAGAGCUGCGGGCUCAUCGAGCAGGUCCGCCCUGUCUACAACCCCCAGGGCACCUUCCGCGGGUACUGCUACGUGCAGUUUGAGAGCCAGGUCUUUGUGCAGGAAGCGCUGAAGCUGGACCGGAAGGAGAUUGAUGGCAGGCCCAUGUUUGUCUCACCCUGUAUUGACAAGAACAAGAACCCAGACUUCAAGGUGUUCAAAUACAGCACUUCUCUUGAGAGACACAAGAUCUUCAUCUCUGGCCUGCCUUUCUCUUGCACUAAAGAACAGCUGGAGGGGAUGUUCAAAGAACACGGCACUGUCAAAGAUAUCCGGCUGGUCACUAACCGUUCUGGGAAGCCAAAGGGCCUGGCAUAUGUGGAGUUUGAGAACGAAGCGCAGGCCUCCCACGCGGUGCUGAAGGUGGACGGGACGGUGUUCCAGAAUCACACCCUGAAUGUGGCCAUCAGUAACCCGCCCCGGAGGAACCCCUCAGACAAGCCGGAGUCCAGCAGGGCGAUGGGAUCCAUGAUGCCACCACAGGUCUUUGGAGCAAGAGGGAGGGGCCGCACACAGCUGUCCCUGCUCCCAAGAGCGUUGCAUCGUCAAAGCGCCCCGGAGUCGAAGACUGAGAACGGGACACUGCAGAGUCGCCCUGGAGAGCCUGUGCAAGAGACCUCAGCGACGGCACCACCUAAACAGAUGUCCAAUGCAGACUUCUCCAGAUUAUUAAUGAAGAAGUAACAGGGGUGGACAUUGAGUGGGCUCAGCCUGGAGGAGCAACGAGAAAACUGCCUUUUACCGAAACCAUUCUGUGUCCUUAAUGAAAAGAAAAACAUUUAUGUUGUGAUUUGUGCUGUAAAUAGUUCAAAACCCCUGUAGCCAAGUGUAUGAAAAAAGGCUUAGUUAGCCAGGGCUCCCUGGGGACUGAAACCAGGGCAGAGGGGGUACGAUAGAGGUGGUGGGGGCAGAGCGGAACAGUCUGUGGUUAGUAUUGGUAAGCCUGGAGAAGCCGAGGAUUGGAUGUGCUUUACUAUUGGGUUCUGUGAAGCUCAACUUGGAAUAAGUGAAAAUCAGAUCAAUUUGAAAUCAGAUUUUAUUCCCCUUGUGUUUUGUUUCUUAAGCAGUUAUUGUUAUCUUUUUUGCUUUUUUUUUAAUGGCAGAAAUUUUUAAAGGGGAAAAUCCAAUCUGAAUUUUCUGUGAUGUAUUUUUUUUUCCUAUUUGAUGUCUAUUGAAGCAGAGCCUUGACUCUCUUGGGCCGCUGAAGUGGCUACAUUGCACAAAGAUCCAGCAAUGUGUGAGGGGACAUUGCUGCAUGGAGUCAGGCUUGCCAUGUGUUUUUGUUUUUAUCCUGAAACAGGUGUUUUCUUAGCUCUUUGUGUAUGAAAUGUGAAUAUUUAAGAGUGAGUACAUCAAUGUAAGCUUACCUAUCUCUAACUGUGAUUCUGCAAAAACAUAAUAAGAUUGAAGAGAAAAAUGGUUUGGGUGAAUGAGGUUGUUCAGUAGGGAGAUCAAGUGUGUCACCUUGGGGCUGCAGUAGCAGAUGGCAUUAACACUUCAUAGUAAUUAAAAACAAUUCUAAAAUUGCAACCCACCCCCACCCAAGAAAAAGUGCCGUUAUAUAGGACUGUGUCAAAACAAGUUACUUCUGUCCACUUAGAAGACAAGCAUGCUUGAUCAAAAGGGGGGGAACCUCCUUCAACACACUUUCAAACGCUACCUUAUUUUGUCUCUGCUACUUUGUGGUGGUAUACUAGUUACAGGCUGAUGUGUGUUUUUUGUUUUUUUGUUUUUAAAGCCUUUCCAUUAAAAUCCAGUGUCCAGGCUGGUGAUGAGAUCUCUCACAUUGAGGGGGUUUAUUUAAAAUAAAUCGUAUUAGUCUUUAAUAACUAAUUAGUAUUGCAGAGGUACAAUCCUAGCAAGGGCCACUUAAUAUGAAUGCUGUCAGUAUAAGUGGAAGCCAAUUACACCACGCAUGGUUUGUUAAGCUUUCUUGGAAAUUUAGCCAAUUGUUUUGAAGCUUUUCCCAGAAGAAAUUGUGAAAUGGCUUCAGCAGCUAGCCUUUUUUGUUUUAUUAAAGAACACUUUUAGAGUCUGUUUGAAUCGGGUGUUCAGUGCUCGCUUCACCAAUGGUUGGCCGUAGUUUUGUAUAGCAUUUAUAUGUUUUAAAAAGGAAAACGGACAAAUUAAGCGAUUUGCUAACUAUUGACAUUUUUCACCGCAGUGGCCUAUUUUUAGUACAAAAAAAAUAAACAAAAGAAAACAAGUAACGCUUAUGUUUGUUGUUCGAUGUUCCGUAUAAGAGGGUGAUAUUCAAAUUGUAUUAAUGUUUGAAAAUGUAACUUUUGUUCCCUUCUUUUGUAUUUAAAUAUGUUGGUCCAUUUGUUUUGUGUUGACCUUGAUGUUAAGAAGUGUACCGGCAACCUAAUUAUGAAUUUAUUUAGCUUUUUUUUUUCUUUUUUAAAUGUGCCAACUGGUGUACAUGGACCAUUUUUAAGUGUGUAACUCCCCUCCUCCCCCUUUUCACUUAUUUACUUUUCAUGAUGUGAAAUGUAUAAAAAAUGAAGACCAUAA